GAUACAUUUGUGACUCUAAAAUUGCAAACCACUACCCUACCGGCUACAAAAACUCAUAUAAGCUCGACGACGACCUCAAACUAUCUAUCUCAAACUCAUCCACGAUCCACGAGUCUCCAUCUCCAAGUUGACGACGGCUACCAUAGUCUUUCCUGCAAAGUCACAUUCACGUCUAGCUAAAACAAUUGGACAUUAAGCCUUCGGAUUCUCUGCUUUCGAUGGGCCUCUUGGAAAUAGUUUAUCAGAUGGGAUUGCUUCAGGCUGAGAGACACUGCUUUUUAUCUACUGACACACAUGACACAACAGAGGCCGAGCCACGCAGAAUCUGAGAACGACGUGUGUAAUAGAGGCGUAUUGUAUUGCGGAGAUGGGGACUCGCGAAGUGUACCAGGAGAAACUGAGAAGCGGAAAUCUUCAUCACGAUCCAACCAUCAAUCCAGGACUUGGUUCUCCUCGCUGUCCUCGCUGUCUCUCUCUCUUAAACCCUAAAUCUGGAAGAGGAGAAUGGACCAUAACUCCGGUUUUACAUGAUGCCACUGCUGUCGCUGGCUCGGGUAUUGGUGGAAUGCUUAGUGCAGUUCACGGUUUCAAUACAGGGAUUACAUUCCUUCAAAAUCGUCUCAAGGGACCAAAAUGGCUGCCUUUUCUUGUGGGGCUUCCUCCCCUGCUAGUGGUUUCGGGUGCAAGUGCUGCAUUUGGAGGUAAGAAUAGAAUAUAGAUUACUGAGAUUUAAGGAAUGCAAUGUCAUUCUUAGCAUGCAAUAUGAAACUUGGUUUUAUGUUCUUGAUUUUAUGAGAGUAGUCUCUUGCCUUUUGCACAUUAUAAACUCUUGGAACCUUGAUGAGAGGUGCCAACAACUUUGGCCCCCGCUUACUGACAGGUGCAGUUACUUCCAGAAAAACAGUGUGGUAACUGUACAUUAAUUUUUUCAAAAAAAUUCCUGGGUCUUCUAUAGCAUCUCAUAAAUGGCCAUUGAAAUUAUGCAGUUGUAGUUCAACAAUUUGGGUACUGUCAAUGUAUAGCCACAAUUUCCAGGCUCAAAACAUGUGCUAUGUUUGUACUAUGAUCU